AUGGGUGAGAGGGAAAAAGGUAAGAAGAUCUUUAUGCAGAGGUGUGCACAGUGUCACACUGUUGAAUUAAACGGCAAGCACAAAACUGGACCCAAUCUCAAUGGCCUCUUCGGCCGCCAAACUGGUCAGGCUUCUGGCUAUAUUUACACUUAUGCCAAUAAGGCCAAGAGUAUCACGUGGGACAAAGAUAAUCUGGAUAUCUACUUGACCAACCCAAAGAAAUUUAUUCCAGGCACAAAGAUGGUGUUCGUUGGUCUUAAGAAGAAGAAUGAGCGUGCAGACUUGAUUGCUUACCUGGAAACCUCCACCAAGUAGAGCAAGCAUUAAUAUUUUUGUGGUCUCACCACUUUAAAUCAAUAAAUCAUCCUGCUAUCAAAAUUUACUAA